AUGUCGCUAGAGCGCGCAGAACACAACUCGCUUGCCUGUCAGCUGUUCGCAACUGCUCCGUUGACCAACCCGAUCCCUGCCCUGGCCGCCGGCAUGAACAUACAAGGUUCGGUCGGAGCGUUUUGUAUGCUCCCUGCCCUCGACUUCAUGCAGUGGUGUAUGCCCGUGCCGACACGUCACUCACAGAGGCAAGCUGAGCCGCGCUAUUCAGCGUCGGAAUGUGUCGCUCCGCUCGUGAACCUGAAUAGAAGGCGAUGGAUCGCGACAGAGCACGACGAGUUGGUUGAUGAUGGUGUUAGUGUUGAAGCAAAAUCCUUUCCGAGUCACAGACUGACACGCGUGCGGUACAUGACAUCUUCCGCGCUACCGCAGCUGUCCACGUCGACACAUGGUCGAUGCUCGCCACGAGUCAGCCUGCGGAGUUUGCAGGUGUCCAAAUUCGCCGCUGCUGUGGCCUCCUUCACCCCUGCAAGCGAUUCGUGCCUGUAUGACUCUGACUCGCCAUCUCACGAUCGACAUUGCCAUGAAUGGUUUGAAUCCAACGUACCUCUUCUUCCGGGAUUAUAA